AUGUCGAUGACUAAGCGGUUUCAAAUAAAAUUUAUUUUCCCACUUUUGAGUGUUUUUGUACAAAGUUCUCAUGCCAUCAGUUGUAUGGCUUGUGAGGUAAAAAAUUCAACAGAAGAAUGUUCUCUUUCUUACGCAUGUCCUGAUGGAGUUGAAUUCUGUGAAACUUUAGUUUCAAAAAUCGAAGGAGUUUAUUCGAUUAUAUUUUCAUGUCCUUCAAUGGAUCAUUGUGAGACGGUUGAGGGACAAGAAAAUGACGGCUACUAUAAAUGUGAUCAUGCUGAAGACAACACCGAGUGUUGGAAAUGUUGCAGCAAAGAAAAUUGUAACACGUUGCCAAGAGCUUUGAAAAGACUUCCUGCGAAUAUUUUCGAGAGUCUUGCAGUCGUCGAAAUCGCUGACGACGUCGCAACAAAUGCUACAGCAGAAGAAAUUGAAGAAGAAGCAAAUCUCGACGUUCUUACUAAAACUAUUGCGAAGGAUGAAGAAAUGUUGGAUAAUCAACAAGAUAUCAAUGCUCAGGCUGAUUUGAAUUUAUCAAUUGACAUGGGAGACGAGUAUUUGGAAGUUACUACAGCGGCAAUCGACACUAAUGAAACCCUCAACACGACAAUGAACGUAGAAAUGAUUGGAACUAUGGACGAGACUGAUGACGACUCUGAUGAUGACGACGACGUUUUAGGUGAACACGAUUCUUUGACUGGAAAUUCAGUUUCACUUAAAGGUGAGAUUUGA